UUUUUUUUUUCUUUUUAUUUUUUUUUAUUGUAGGAAUUUCCACCGGAACAAAAUCACUUACAUCGACUUCAAACUGCCAUUACAUUACUUAAUAAAUUUGGGGUAACGGAGAUAGUCUGUGAAGAAGAAUUAAGGGAUGGACAAAAUGAAAACAAAAUGAUUUUAAGACUCAUGGUUGAUAAUUAAGUGAUGUAAUUUUUACUGCGGAUUAUAGAUAUCGUAUGAUUCGAUUGUACAUAAUUGAACGUUAUUGGCUAUUAUAGAACAAUGUAUUACAAUCUUCUUUUUUUUUUUUUAUAAAAAGCCACACAUUUUCCUUCUUUAGUAUAUAUAAAAAAGGAAAAAAAAAUCAUGUCUAAUCAAGAGAAUAAUAAUAAAUCAAAUAGUUCAGAUGCAAAUAACUCAACAGAUAAGGGAAAAGCAAAAUUCAUUUCGGCAAUAAGUAAUUCUGCAAACGAAUUAAUUCGCGAAACGUUAAUUCCUUCAAGCGGAAGUAAUGUAACCACAUUAUUACAACAAAUUAAUGAACAAAAACCACAACAAAGUUCAACAACAUCAACAAGUACAUUUUUUUUACAAGAAUUGAAUAAUAAAAUUUCACAAGAAGGAAAUGAGAAUAGAUUUCGUAAUGUUAAUUAUAAUAAUGAAGAAAAUUAUAAUAUAAAUAAAGAUUGGGAACAAUGGAUUUUAAAUCAUAAUGUUCAAUACAUGGAUAAAAUUGAACCAUGUCCUUCAGCUAAAUCACAUAUGUAUCCCUUUCAUCAUCAUUAUCCUCAUAAAACCAAUCUAAUAAAUGAAAAUUUUGAAGAUGGAAAUGAAAUUAUAGGAUUCUUAAAUUCAAAUGAUUAUACAAAUCAAGUUUAUAAUGAAGAAUUUAAUCAAACAACAUUAAAUGGAAAAGAAGAUUCUAAAUUCAUUCUAGAAGAAUUUUUAGAAAAUGAAGAUAUUGAAAAAUAUUUAUUAAAAACUACAUAUACGGAUGAUGUUUAUGGUAUUCCAAAAUUUUUAAAGAAAUUAAUUAUUGAAGCAAAGAAUGAAUUAAAUAAUAAUAAAAAUGAUCAAGAUGAAAAUAUUACUUUAAAACAUCAAAGAACUGCUAUUGAAAGAUUGAAGAUGGUUAGAGAUCAUUUAAUAGAAAAAAGAAAAUUAAAUAAUAGUAAUAAUAAUGAUGAUGAUGAUGAUAAUAAUGAUAUUGAUAUUGAUAUUGAUAAUGAAUUAUUUAAAAAUUGGUUAGAUAAAGCGGAACAAGAUGUAAAAGACAUUUAAGAAUAAAUUAUUUUUAUUGUUUUUAUUUAUAUUA